AUGGGUGAAGUACAGGAAUGUGAAACUGAGCCCUUUAUUGAGGAGCAUAUCUACCCUUCCCGUAUAGGGCUUAGCUAUCCUUCUGCAAAGACUCAAACCUGGAAUCGCUCUUCACCCGAGUUUAGCGCUAUUAUGGGUACGCCUGUGGGUACUUAUGGCCAGGGUGUCAAACGGAUUGCACGAAUUGCUACUUUCCAUACUGCUCUUGACCUUCACAAACUACAUAUUCGCUUCGAUAUUGAGGAUGUUUGA